GAUUGGACCAAGGGAGAAAUACUUCCACUGUGAGAAGUGCAAUCUCUGUUUAGCCAGUGAUCUACGAGGAAAUCACAAGGUGAUUGUCAACCUCCACUAUGACCCUUAUUAUAUCUGUCGCUGGUCUGUAAAUUGUCAAUGGGCAAUUCCAUGGUAAUGGAAUUACGUUGAGAUCAGAUUUUUCACUUUCAAAUAUAUACCAAACAAAAACACUUGAUUUCAAAGUUUAGCAAACCGUACAGGUAGCUUAGUGGGUAAGAGCGCUGUGCCAGUAACCGAAAGGUCGCUGGUUCUAAUCCCUGAGCCGACUAGGUGAAAAAUCUGUCGAUGUGCCCUUGAGCAAGGCACUUAACCCUAAUUGCUCCUGUAAGUCGCUCUGGAUAAGAGCGUCUGCUAAAUGACUAAAAAUGUAAAAAAAUGUAAAAUCAAUGGUUUUUGUUUGGCAUAUAUAUUAAUGUGAAAUUUCUGAGAUUUCAGCUUAAUUACGUUAAUGUGGAAUUGCCCCAAUACAAUACUGCUAAUGCCAUGGCUCUUGUCAUUCACUUGAUUUAUCUGUACUAGACUGUUUGUUUGGUUUCAGUGUGUUGAAAAUGUUUCAAGACAGAACUGCCCAGUGUGUAUGGAGGUAAGAUAAUGAAUAGUAAGAUCAGGUAGAUGAUUGCUGUGCAUUUCACUUUAUUAUGUUGUUUAUUAUACACUUGAGUGUACAAAACAUGAAGGACACCUGCUUUUUCCAUGACAUGGACUGACCAGGUGAAUCCAGGUGAAAGCUAUGAUCCCUUAUUGAUUUCACUUGUUAAGUCCACUGCAACGCUGCAGGAUUUUUCACGCUCAACAGUUUUCAGUGUAUCAAGAAUGGUCCACCACCCAAAGGACAUCCAGCCAACUUGCCACAGCUGUGGGAACCAUUGGAGUCAACAUGGGCCAGCAUCCCUGUGGAACGCUUUCGACACCUUGGAAAGUCCAUGCCCCGCAACUCAAUAUUAGGAAGGUGUUCCUAAUGUUUGGUAUACUCAGUGUACAAUAUUGUUUUAUAGAAAUUCACAACCUGUAUAUGAAAAUGUCAUAAGUACUUUUCCUCAUACAGUUUAUAAUCGAUACAUACAUAAUGUUUUGUCUUCUCUCUAACUAAGGAUAUGCACACAUCCAGAAUAGGACCUCACGUUCUUCCGUGUGGCCAUCUUCUACACAAGUAUGACAUUUUCUUCAUAAUACUCUCAAAACCAUUGUCAUUAGCCUAUAUGACCUAAAAAAAAAAAAGUUGCAUUGAUGCCACUGUUAAUCUGAUGGCUGAUACAGCAGGUGCAUUAGUGGAGUCUUACUUACUCUUGUCUUCUGGUCUAUGGAAUUAUUUUUAGAAUGUUCACUGGUUUUCUUUUGUUUUUCAGAACUUGCUUUGAUGACAUGGUUCAAAUUGGGUAAUACCCCUAUUCCUUUUCAAAUAUUGUGCUACUAAUCAUAUAUUGAUCCUAAUUACUUUCAAUAACUUAUCAAUCAUAUCAUUUGCAUGACUUUCAUAUAAGCAGUUAUGAUCUGUGUGACUAGGAAUAUUGCCUCUAUAUAUUUCCUCUUCAGUGCGUAUCGCUGCCCACUCUGUAUGCACUCGGCCUGGAAUAUGGAGGACUACGGGGAGGAGAUGGACAAAGAGAUGGCUCAGUCACCCAUGCCCACUGAAUAC